AUGGCGGAAAUCAACGAAAGAGCUUCAACUUCAUCGCCGCCGGUUCCUUCAACGCCGGCUCCGACGCCUCAUAUCCGUCAGCUAGCCGACAACAUGUACGACAAGGUCGGACAGUUCCUCAAUACCCAAAUCCAAGGUUCGUUCAUUAUUAACUAUUAUAUGAAAGUAUGAAGAUUAUUCCAAAUGAGUACCUUUCCAAAAACGUUUUUUCUCUUUUGUUUUUUAUUUUCAUUCAAUAAUAUUUUCUUGAACUAGUCAGUUUUAAAAGGAAAUUUAUUGGCAGCACAGAAAUCUAUAUCGUUUUAUUUCCAGGCACCGUUGAAGAGUACAAACUCCUGGAGAACAUGAACUUGACGACGGCCCAGAGGUUUUCAGGAACCUAUCAAAAUAUUUUUAAAUAAAAUUGCUUAGAUACGUUGAUAUGAAGGUGGUUGCUGAGAAAGUCGCGACAAAACUAGAUGUUUUGAAUGAGAAAUGUGAGGAAAAUCAUAAGAACUGCUGGAAUUAAUUGUUCUAUUACAGAUGAAUCACUACGACCGUGGCUGACGCAAAUCGACGCCAUGGAUGAGAGUACCAGGCGUCUCGAGGAAGCCACCAUCAUCCUCGAACAGUACGUCAGCGCUCUCGGUUCGUUGCUUUGAAGUUGUCAAGAAAGGAUGAAUUUUAGCGUGAAAAGAGCAGGUAUUCGAAGUUAUUGAGUACGAUUUGUCUCCUUAAAGAGUUUUUUCGGUUUUUGGCAUAUUGUCCCAGUAGAAACAAUAUUUUUCCCUUACCCUUCUGUCGAAAAAAUUUUGAUUAAAAAACCGAUUAAGAUGUCCAUUAACUUUUGAAAGUUAGAGAAGUUUAGAGACCAGAAAAGUGUGGCAUUUUCUUUCAAUUUAAGGUUUUUUUCGCUUUACGAUCGCUCUGUCAUAAAAAUACAGUUUUUUUGUUCAGAAAAUUAAUUUGAAAUAUUGACAAAACGAAAUUCUUUGCAGAAGACAAGCUGAAAAACGCUGCAGCAGAGCUGAUUUUCAUCCGAUAUAACCGCUUUUUUUCAAGAAAAAUCCCUCCGACGCUUCACUUCACUUUCAAUUGUAUAUUUAAUAUAUUUAGCGGCACGCUUCAAAUUUUAAGUUUUCGCAAUUUUUCAUGGUUGUGGCAAUAAAUUAUAUUGAAUUCUAGAAUGGUUUGAGUCGUGAAAGUUGGAAAUUCAUUCGUACUUCACGGUUUUUUUAUUAAGUAAGUUUUAAUGAGGUUUUUUUUUUGUAAAGAAGCUGAUUAACUUGGAAAAAAAAUUUUCGAGUGGAUUAUGAUUAAAAAUUAAUGCCGUGUUCAAAGAGAUUCCGCGAAAUGCAAAAUAGCCGUUAGAUAAAGAGAAAUAAAACUAAAGUUUGGAGAGUUAGAGACCGAUUUUCCUUUCGCGGAAAUCGACGCUUGGAGAGUUAGAGACCGAUUUUCCUUUCGCGGAAAUCUGAAAUCGACGCCAGAAUGCACAAAAUCGUCAAAUCGAAGCCAAUAAUCUACAUGCAAUUCAGGAGGUUGUUGUUUUCCGAUUCUUCCAUUUAUUUGCUUGUCGGUCCAUAUUAGUACAAAAAAGUGGCAAUUUUGCUGACUACGAUCUAGCCUCUACACCACGUUCUAGUUUGUUUUGCCUUGAUAAGGAAUAACUUUCGAACCACUCAGUUAUAAGCUUCCUUGUCCUUUUUUUCUCUGAUAUUUAAAAAGAAAAUAAUAUUAAUUUUUAUCAGCUGAAGAAUGACGACGCCGCUGAUCGACGAGUACCGGAAAAAGGCGACUUUUGACUGGAAAAAGUUGAAAACGACGAUUGAAGGCGAGGAACACGUCGCUUUGAAGGUUGUCUAGAUAAUUAUUGGUGUUUUUUCUUCUAGAGACACUUAAGCAGCCACUGUAUAGUGAGAUCUUGAUACGAUUUUAGAUUUUCUUUUUCUGCUCAAGUUUUUUGAAAUCUUCAGUCUCAAGCAUCUUCGAAGUGGUCACUUAAGAAACCACUCAAAUUUUUCCUUACUCUAUUUUUAUAGCCUGGAUCCACAGGUUCUGCUUGAAGCUCAAAGGUGGCCACUAAGAGGUAAAAACUCUUAAGGGCCCACUUAAACUUCUAACAAGGCGCCAAGUCAUUCCUAGUAUGACCAGUGUUGUUUUCAUGAAUUUGAAGAUGUUACCUCUAGGGACCACUAGAAUUUUCUCUUUGAAUAGAAAAGACACGUUCUGCUUGAAGCUCUAAAGUGACCCCUUAAAUCGGAAAACUCUUAAGAAGCCACUUAAACUUCUAUCAAGGCGCCAAGUUAUUUCUAGUAUGACCAUUUUUGUUCCCAUGACUUCAAAGGUGUCUCAUCUAGGGACCACUAGAACUUUCCCUCAAAGAAGACUUCAGGAAGAGAUCUACAAGCGACUGGAAGCGUGUCCCGAGUUCAAAAGAGACUACCGGGUCCUGAGCCGCGAGGAGCAACGCGAGGUCAACUACCGCCGAUGGAGGAAGAUCGUCGAGAUGGACUUGUUCACAGAUGUUUCCUAAGCUCUCUUGGGCAUCAUGAAUCUCUAAUCCUUCAGCCCUACGCCGACAUCGAAAGGUUCCACGCUCUGAGCGAGGUCCUCGAGCAGUACGACCAGGGGCUUUCGGGGCGGCUCUUCCUCCACGCCAACGUCUUCGGUGCCGCCGUCCAAUCGAUGGGCACUGAGAGGCAUGCCAAGCUUCUGGAGAGGAUCCACAACAACGAGGUUGGUGCCAGGAUAACAGGGAUUUGAAUGGGGGGAGGGGGGACUUUUUCUUUUUCACUCCCUGGCAAUGAUUUCUGGACAUCUUUCAGGAUUCCUGAGGGUUUUGGGCAAUAAAAAAAGGUUUUAGAGAUUGAAGAUCAGGUUUUCCUUGAAACUUACAUUGUCAGUAUAACAUAUGAAAGAUUUAUUCAGUCUUCAAAGAAUCAUGGAAUAAUUGAAGAGUUGCCGGCUCUCAAAACUGGCGUUGACCAAGUAGUUCAGCACGUUCAGUUUUAGACAAUUUUGAGAAUUCAGCUGCUUCUCCAUGUAGGGACAGUAUAGUCCGUUCAGAUUUUGAAUGUCAAGUAGAAUGACGUCAUUCGAAAAUGCUCUGUGGAUGGCUCGCUCUCUGAUUGGUUUAUCGCGCCAUUAGGGGGCGGAGCUUGAGCGAGGACUUGACAUUUGAAAUCUGAACAGACUAUACGGCGCUCAGCUUGUCCAGGGUUAAUGAAUUUUUAAGUUUAUGCAAUCCUAUAGAGCUUCUUAUUGCGUUUCGAAUGUCAUUUUUGAAUUUCCGAAAAAGUUUCAAAAGUAAAAGUCAAGUUUUACUCAAACAAGGACCGGAAAAACCUGGACAAUGUGGCCCUGAUACCUCGAAACAAACUGAGCGGGCCCCUUCAAGCUUUACACAUAUUACCUGGCCAGGUGGUCGGAUGCUUCUGCUUGACGGAGGUGAGCCACGGCUCGAACACGGCCGAGAUGCAGACCACUGCGACUUUCGAUGCGGGCGAGCUGGUCUUCGACACGCCCAACGACGGCGCCAUCAAGUGCUGGGCCGGAAAUCUUUGUGAGAUCAAAAAAGUUUAUUCAGUCUUCAAAGAAUCAUGGAGUUCUUGGUAGAGUUGGUAUUGAUAAAAAAAAGGGAACUUUUUCUCCGAAUUUUCUCAAAAAAAAAAACCUUGUUAUGUAAUACUGUGAUGGCCCGAUAUUUGUGACGUCAGAAGCAUAGGAAUUCAAAGCAAUCCAAUCCCAGAAAUGAGAAAAAUUGGACCCACUCCAUCAGAACUGUUUUUUGCUCUACUUCUGACCUCAGGUCAAUGCUUGACCUUCCCCUCUCUUUCUCUACUUUUUGGUCAUAAAUCUUACUUUUUUUCCGUCCCUUUUGAUUCUAUUUUCAUGAAUCAUUACACAGUGGCCUAUUUGAACUUUGGAUGGAAUCUAAAAAUUUAUAGCUGAAAAUAAUUAUUUUUUAACUCACGAAAAUCUUAUGUAUCAUCAUCAUGUUCAAAAAAUGUUCAGGUUUUAUUUUAAAAUCCAUUUUUCUCGGCUCGGAACUGUUCUGCACGGCAUAUGUUGUGUGUGUGAAGCGUUCGCGAUGAUUUUUUCAAUUUCCCGCCUUUUUUGGGCUUUGAUCCUUCCGAAAAGGUGCUUUGAACAAAUGAAGAUGUUUUCUGAAAAAUAAAUUUAAUAAUUUGGUAAUUUUUCGGAUUGACGCCUGAAACAAGCUUCGAAUUUUGAAUUUUCGAAGAAACUGGUCAAAAUUUCCAACUUCCAGCCCACUCCUCCACCCACGCCGUCGUCUUUGCCAAGCUCAUCGUCGGCGGCAAAAAUGAAGGUCUCCACGCCUUCUGUCUCCAGAUAAGGUGUGCUUCGUGAGCUUCACAACGAGAAUCUAUCUCCAGAAACCCGGAGACGUUCGAAUCCUUGCCGGGGAUCACGAUCGGCGACAUGGGCGGCAAGCCAGGCGUCUGGAACGGCGUCGAGAACGGCUGGAUGGAGUUCAAAGGACAUCGGGCGCCUCUUCUUGCCCUCCUCAACAAGGGAUGUGACGUCACGCCGGACGGUCGUUACGUCACGAGCUACAAGUCGGCCAGCGAGCGGCAGAGCGUCAGUCUUGGCACUCUUUCUGUUGGAAGGUAUAUCACAGCAUAGGCAAAGUCGGAAGGGCCCUUUGAGGGUCCGAAGCGGGUGGCAACGGUUCCUUUUUUACUGCCCUUUUCCGUCCUUUUAUCGGCCUUCAUCCACCCUUUUUGGACCCUUUUGAGUAACAUUUUUAAAUUGAGAAUAAUUCUACCAGUGACUGUGUAUGAACCAAAAUGUUCUACAGUAAUACGAUUGAAAAUCACCAAUGGCCGAGUCUUUCAGCACCCUUUUUGAGGUUUUUUUGCCAACCAACAAAGAAAGGCUCAAUAAAGGUCGCAUAACGGAACCCUUUUAGAGCCCAUUUUGCACCCUUUUUGCGGCCUCUCUCCUUUUGAGGAUUUUUAGCUCACUAAGGCUCAAUAAAGGCCGCAAAAUGGAACCCUUUGAGCAGCAUUUUUGCAGUCACCCCCAUUUUGCGCCCGUUUUCCUCACUUCCGACUUCUCGGGCAAAGUCGGAAUGGUGUAUAAUGGCUGCUAAAAGGGAGAGGCUCAAAAAAGGCCGCAGACAGGCAGCAAAAAGGCAGCGAACGGCAGCAAAAAGGCAGCGAAAGGCAGCAAAGAGACUCCCUUUAUCGAGCCUUCCAUUUUUCUGGGAUUUUAAAGGCUCGAGAGAUGGUGGAGAAACGGAGAGGCAGCAAAAAUGGUGCAUAAGGGCUGAGAAAAUGGUGCAAAAAGGCAGCAAAAAGAGAGCCUUCUUCACCCUAAAAGGAACAUUUCUAUGGUCCUUUAUGGACCCUCGGAGGGUCCUUCCGACUUUGCCUAUGUUUGGUAGUGCAGUCUAGAAGUUAACUGAAAUCUUCGACUCGAAAUAGUUUUGGUUUAGACGGGGAAGUUGGAGUAGAAACUAGGCAAUCUGAAGAGAUUUUAGAGAAAUAAAGAUACUCUAACUUCCUUAAAUACUCUCUGGCUCCAGUCAAACCUAAUACAUUGAAUUAAAAGGAAGACCUAAGAAGAGAGACCCUCUAACUUCUCUGGAGUCUCUUCGAGUCGUUACUGCCUUAGCUCUUGGGCUCAUUUUUUUCUGGUUUAUUUUAUGAAACUGAUCUUUAGGCAGCUGAGAAAAAAAAACAAAAAGGUGCGGUUUUUUCAGACUUGGCAUCAUUGCCAAGGGAAUGAUGGCUUGUCAGAUGGGAUCUACGAUCGCGAUUCGGUACAGUGUGGCAAGACGACAGUUCGGACCCACCAAAGGAUGUGAGUUUUGUAUGGGGAAUAAAGGGGGAUAGAGCGAUGUUAAAAUAAUUGAGCCAUCAAUCUAAAAUUAAUAAUUUUCGGCGAAAUAAUAAAAGUUCUGACAGUGUCGGAAGUUUCGAAAGCAUUGGCAGGAAGGGACAUUUUUCUGCGGCCUUUGCCAGGAUUCUGAAAGCUUAAGAGAGUAUACGUUCGAAUUUUCGAAGCUAGAGAGCGCUGGUAAAGAAGAGGGCGUUUAGAGAAAAAAAGAAGCACAUCCUCUCAUUUUUGAACGCUCUCUAUCUUCCGCAAGCCCCGAAUCGUCGAACCUAAAAAUUCAAAAAGGGGGGAAAAAUCGCGAAGUAAAGCUUUUAAAUUACUUUCUUUCUGAGCUGAACGGAAACGGGCAAUGAAACUUACUGUUAUGAGAAUUCAGGUGAGAACGAAGUGCCAGUUCUGGAGUAUCCGAUGCAGCAGUACCGAUUGUUCCCCUACUUGGCAGCUUCUUUCGUCAUCCGAAUCUUCCAUCGGAGAUUUGUCGAGCACUUCACUGAGUACAUGAUUCGCGUGAUGCAGGGCGACAAAUCCGAAGAAAUGGUAAGCUUUUGGGAGAAAAUUUAGAGUUAUUCCUGACUAAGUGAGAGCGGUAUGUCUACCGUAAGAACUUAGCGACGCGACUUUCUAAAACUUGAUUAAAUAUUUUGCCCUCUUUCAAGUUCAAGGAAAAGAGCAUGGCUUGUCUGCGCUCUACGCUAAACAGGCCCUAUCUCUUUCCUGAUCGUGUCAGGACCCCUUUUUCGACGUUUCUCGUGCUAUGCCUACUUUCCAGGCCGAGUUCUCAAAAGAAGUCCACGCGCUGUCCUCGGGAGCCAAACCGGUUUCCACCUGGUUCGGCGUUGAAGCGUUGGGAGAAGCCCGGAAAGCCUGCGGCGGUCACGGAUACCUGCACCUGUCGCGUCUGAACGAACUCCGCAACGAUAAUGACCCCUCGCAGACCUACGAGGGCGAGAACUUCAUGAUCCUCCAGCAGUCCAGCAACAUCCUACUAGCCAAGGUUUUUUUUUCGAAUCUAAUCCAAAUUUGAGAAAGAAAUAGCUAGCAAUGACAUUCUAUAGCCGAUCCAUGGCUAACUUGAGACGCAGAGGGGCGUGGCCUGUCUGCGCUCUCCAUCCUUUAAGCACUGUCUAUUUUUUAAAAAUCGUGAUAGGACCUUUUUUUUUCAUCGGCUCAAGCCGUAAAUCAGCUAUAUCAUUUAGAAACUACAGAGUGGUCCCUCUAGGGGUAACUUAGGGCUCUCAAAAAAGUUCCCAGAGAUCUCUUGAUUUCCCACACUGUCUCGCGGAUGGUUCGAGGAUUUAUUUUUUUGAGCAAUUCUAGAAAAUCAUAGCUGGUUUCUUUUCUGUAUAUAAAUAGUUCACGGCUAGCUUGGGACGCUAAGGGGCGUGGCCUGUUUGCGCUCUCCACGAUCCAAACACUAUCUCGUGCAUCAUCGUGUCAGGACCCUUUUUUCGAUAGCUCAAAUCAGCCGUGAAUCAGCUGUAGCCGCCAGUUCUCUUCGUAUUUAAAGUUUACUAACCGGCCCUUCAGAGUCUGAUUGGCUGGCCACGCCCUUUUCCGCAGUUUUGGCAAGCCAAUUGGAGAUUUUAGAAGCUCAUGGUUUGAAAAGCUAUUAUCGAACUUUUUCCAGGCGCAAGCCGGACAAAAUGUCAAGACGCCUAUGAACACGAUGAAUUUCUUCAACAGCAAGCCGACCAAGUUCUCCGGCUGGAGUGAAGACGUCGUCAAAGGUUGAAUAGACCCGAAAUUCAUGAUUUUAAGCGGGAAAUUCAGAUGCCCUCGACGCCUACAAGUUCCUGCUCUUCUACACGCUUAGGAUCUCGAGCGAAGACGCCGAUCGGCUGAAGAAGGCCGGAAAGAACUCGUUUGACGUCAGGAAUGAUAUUCAGGUUCACGUCUCCGUGAAACAUUAAACUUAUAUAUUUUAUUUCUAGGUCCACCGAGCUUUGACCUUGUCGAUCUCCUACACGGAGCACACGAUAAUUGACUGGGCACAUCAAUUUUUGGACACUGUUGAGGAUAGGGACGUCCGAGAGGUGGAGCUUCUUGACUAAUUUUUCUGAGCCCUAUAGUUACCACUAAACCUUUUUGAGUACUCUGGGAGAGUAUCAGAAACUUUGGCAAAAGGACUAGCUGAAAAAAGAUCACUAAAUGGAUCCUAUAAGCUUUUAAACUUUUUUAGGGCUUCAGAGGCCAAUAAAAGAGUGAGAAAACAAGAAAGUCAUUAGCAGCUGAUAAAAGGGUGCAAAAGUAUAAAGUACCCCUUUUUCAGCCUUCAAGAAAUAAUUUUAGGGGAUUCAGAUUGUUUUUUUCAUGUUUAUAUUUUCCAGGUUCUGCGAAAAUGCGUCUCCCUCUACGCGUUGUUCGUAUUGGAACGUCAUCUUGCGACUCUUUACAUUGGUAAUGAAGCAGUCAUUACGAGAAAAUAAUGUACAUUUCCCAGCCGGCUACGCUACCGGCGGCGAGUUCGGCGAGCAACUCCGGCAGAAGCUCCGGGAACACGUCGCCGCCCUAAAAGACGAGGCUUUAGCGCUGGUCGACGCCGUCGCGCCUCCUGAUUUCGUCCUCAACUCGGCUCUUGGAACAGCUGACGGAAAGUGGGUUGAGAAACUCUUGGAGGGCAUGAAAUUGGACUCAAAUAACUCCAAAGUGAUUAAUCAUCAUGAGUGAUCCCUAGAGGGCCCUUGAGAUUUAGCUUGUUUAAACAGUGUCUGAUAUGUCUGUUCUCUCUUUUCUCUCGCCGAUGAGAUCAUAGAAACAUGAAAACAGCGCGUAAAAACGAGAGCCCACAGAAACCAGACGGUUUUUCUAGUAAAAACUUAUCACUAAAGACUUCCGAGGUGCGUCUGGUUUUUGUUACCCAUGUCCGAGCUGUGAGAACAUUGGAAGUCAAGUAUUGAUUUUUUUUUUUUCACAUGGAGCACAUUUUGCACACCUAUAUAAGCCACAUACAGCCUUUUCAUCCAUUUUUGGUUUAACAUAAUUUUUCCGAGACCCUCUAUGAAAAGUCCCCGUUUCAGAGCCUACGAGCACAUCAUGAAGGAGUUCCGGGCCCACACCGACGAGAGGCCCGCAUGGCUCGCCGACCUUGGCCAACUGCUCAAGAAGAACGCUCAGAAAUCGAGCAAGCUUUAG